AUGCUUCAUCGAGAAUGGGACUUCAAUAUCGCCCAGCAAGACGCCGAAUUUCGUGAUGACCUUCGCGAAGCAUCUGGGAUAGGGAAGAAAAAAGGCAAGAAGCACUCUCGCAACUACUGCUUUGCAUCGUGUUUUCAGCGCGGUCGUCAGCACGGACCCGUGCUCUCCCAUCAAGUACGCGCCCUCAUAGGUGAAGGAAACCAAGCAUAUGUCGAUGGAAACAUCCCAGAUGCGAUACGAAUCAUGCAGGAAGUCAUUCGCAUUGAGCCUCGAGCGUCGUCUGCGUGGUCCGUUAUUGCUCAAUGCUAUGAAGAUUCCAAUGAACCGAAGAAGGCACUUCAACUGCGCAUCAUGGCGGCGCAUCUUCGACAUGAUGCGGAUGAAUGGGAGAGAUUAGCUGCACAAUCAAGAGAUUUGGGCUAUAACCAACAAGCUAUAUAUUGCUACAGCAAGGUAUAUAGUCUUGAUCCGACAAAUGUCGAUGCACUUUGGGACCGUGCUUCCCUGGCAAAGGAGAUAAAUGACCUUCGCACCGCUCGACACUCCCUUCUUGCAAUUUUGAAACGGUUCCCACAUGACAUGACAGUUCUGGCAGAGCUCCGACCAAUACUCAUUGAAGUAUCAGACCUUCCCCUUUGUGCCUCUCUUUACCAGGCUGCCUUGGAGCACUAUCAGACCGUUCAGCCCCUGGGUCCUGCACAGCCCAUUGACCCCUCCCUGACUGACCAACCAUCACCAAACCAAAUAUUCGGUUUCAUCGACCUUUUAGUUCUUGCCGAUCUGUACAACACGAUGGCAGAAUACGACCAUGCAAUCCAAAUCAUAAGGAAAGGCUCCAGAUGGUUGCAAGGCCGCGCAAGCCAACGCUUCUGGGAUGGGUGUGUAGACGAUCGAGAAUACGAUUUACCUCGUGAAGAACGGGGCAAUGUGAAUAUAGAGCGAAGUGGCGAUGUUCAGCCUGGUCACUAUCCUCUUGACAUCAACGCCCGACACCGACUCGCUAUCGCGCGAAUCAAGCUGGGAGAAGUCGAGGAGGGCAAGAUGCACGCGUCUAUUGUUCUCGCGCAAGAUGUUCUCGAUUACGCUGCUCUUUUUGGAGAGAUCGCUGACUCGUAUUUCGAGCGUGAGAUGUAUGCUGAUGCCAGACCAAUAUAUGAGGUUCUUGGCGCAGACCCUGCAACCAGUAGCUUUUACGUACUUAUUCAGGUGGCUGUAUGUCGUAGAAUGCUUGGUGACCUGCAAGAGGCUGCGGAGGUCUAUAAGCAAGUCAUUGAUGCGGAUCAAACCAAUAAUGACGCGAAGAUGAAACUUGCCGAGCUCUACGAAAUCAUGGACGAGCCCCGGAAGGCUCUGGAACUCGUUUACCAAGUCAUCGACUCUCGCAAACGACGGAAUCACCAGCCUGAAGCCACGCCCGCACCCUGGUACUCUAAAACUCCAGCUCCCGGUAAAAGCAGGCUCAGCUUGGCCGAGCUCAAAGCACUCGAAGAGCAACGUGAGCGAGAGGUGAUCUUGGGGUACAAUCGUGUCGAGGAUCUGUGGCCGCGUAUGCUACAUGGAGAUGUGGAGGCGGAGAGGGAGUGGAUGAUUGAGGCUGAGAAACUGGUGGAGAUGUUUAGGGAAACAAGGAAUUUGUUUUUGACGACGAGAGACUAUGACUUUAAGGGCAUGUUCCCAAAGAGAAGAAUACAACGAAGAGACGAUACAGACGAGGAUAGGAUGUUGUCAAGGCUCGAGCUUAAUGAACGUGACAAACAUACUCGUAGAGCCAAAGAUGACGGCCAGGCGUCCGAGAAGUAUGCCUUCGUUCUUACCAAACGGGGAGACUACGAUCAGGCUGAAGAAGUUCUGCGCCAUGUCCUUUUAUCGAACGCCUAUCGAGAUUCCAAUUCACAGAACACGAUUCGAAUAGCGAUCAUCACGUGCGCCGUCUAUGUUGGCAAGUUCUCUGUCGCAGUUGAACAAUGUCGCAAAAUCAUCAACACCCACCAGUUCAACAACGAAGCUUUCCGCCUUCUGCUGGUUUCGUUAGCCAGCGGACACCGACCUACUGAUUCGUUCGUUUCUUCUACUUUGCAGAAACAUGUACUUCGUGAACUCCGACUUCACGAUGCUUCCGUCAAGACUCCAGAACUCAUGAAAUGGAAUGUUGUCGGGCGCAAGUAUAAUCUAUCGUCGUCAGGCAAGGAAGAGCCGUCGAAAGUCGAGGAAGAAGUGGAUGAGGAAGCGGAUAUCCCUGGUCCAAUGGAGAGUAACACGACAGAAAACACAGCGGUCCGGAUGCCUACGAAGAAUAAUCCAAUCAUCGUCACUCUUUAUGUCUAUUUGUUGCAUGCAUACGAUUAUUGCCCUGAAGAUCCUGUUGUCUGCCUGUCUCUAGCCAUCGCUUCUCUUGGUCGGGCUAUGCAGCGGCAGUCUGACAAUCGACACCACAUGAUAGCACAAGGGAUGGCUUUCUUGUCUCAGUAUCGAACGCUCCGGAAAUCAUCCGAUGAUGAGAUGCUUGCAGAGGUGGACUACAAUUUUGGUCGGGCGUUCCAUCAGCUUGGUCUUCACACACACGCUGUCUCGCAUUAUGAGCGUGUUCUUGAGAUUGCUGAAAAGCGGGGAAGCGAGUAUGCGUCCGUCGCAAAAGAGGCCGCAUAUAAUCUUUCUCUCAUCUACGUGACUACUGGUGCCGUACCAUUAGCUGAUGGACUCUACAGACGAUGGUUAUCUAUUUAA